GGUCCUCUGAAGUUUGCGCGCGCUUCGCUCGCCAGGAGUUUGCUGCUUACUCUGCCGGCUUAGGGCUGUGCGACUAAGGGGGUCCCGAGAAUCAGCUGCAGCAGCCUCACCUUUAACCCUCCCCCAGCUUCUUCGUGGUAUCGGCGCGCGCGCGGGGGGCCGCUUGGCCUCUCGCGCUCUGCCCUCGCCAUGUUGGUACUGUUCGAGACAGCGGCCGGCUACGCCAUCUUCAAGGUUCUGAAUGAGAAGAAAUUACAGGAGGUGGACAGUUUGUGGAAAGAAUUUGAAACUCCAGAGAAGGCAAAUAAAAUAGUAAAAUUAAAGCAUUUUGAGAAGUUCCAGGACACAACCGAAGCAUUAGCAGCCUCUACAGCUUUGGUAGAAGGUAAACUCAGUAAGAAUUUGAAGAAAGUCUUGAAGAAGAUAGCUGCAAAAGAAGCCCAUGAACAGUUGGCUGUAGCUGACGCCAAACUAGGAGGCGUUAUAAAGGACAAACUGAACCUCAGUUGUAUCCAUAGUCCUACUAUAACUGAACUAAUGAGAGGAAUCCGCUCACAGAUAGAAGGAUUAAUCACUGGCCUUCCCUCUCGGGAAAUGGCAGCUAUGUGUCUAGGAUUAGCACACAGCCUUUCUCGGUACAAGCUGAAAUUUAGUGCCGAUAAAGUGGAUACCAUGAUUGUUCAGGCAAUUUCUUUAUUAGAUGAUUUGGAUAAAGAACUAAACAACUACAUUAUGCGAUGUAGGGAAUGGUAUGGUUGGCAUUUCCCUGAAUUGGGAAAAAUCAUUACAGAUAACUUAACUUACUGCAAAUGUUUGCGGAAAGUUGGUGACAGGCAGAACUUUGCCUCUUCAGAUCUUUCUGAAAUUUUAUCAGAGGAGGUUGAAGCUGAAGUAAAAGCAGCUGCAGAGAUUUCUAUGGGAACUGAAGUUUCAGAAGAAGACAUAAACAAUAUCUUGCACCUCUGUAAUCAGGUGAUUGAGAUCUCAGAAUAUCGAAACCAACUCUACGAGUAUCUCCAAAAUAGGAUGAUGGCCAUAGCCCCCAAUGUGACUGUCAUGGUUGGUGAGCUAGUUGGAGCAAGGCUAAUUUCUCAUGCGGGUUCCCUUUUGAAUUUAGCAAAGCAUGCAGCUUCUACUGUACAGAUACUAGGAGCUGAAAAGGCACUCUUUAGAGCCCUGAAGACAAGAAGGGACACCCCUAAAUAUGGCCUGAUUUAUCAUGCUUCCCUUGUGGGCCAAAGCACCCCCAAAAACAAAGGAAAGAUUUCUAGAAUGUUGGCGGCCAAAACUGCUUUGGCUAUCCGUUAUGAUGCUUUUGGAGAGGAUUCUAGUGCUGAAAUGGGAAUUGAGAACAGAGCCAAAUUAGAAGCUCGACUGAGGCAUUUGGAAGAGAGAGGGAUAAGAAAAAUCAGUGGCACAGGAAAGGCAUUAGCAAAAACAGAAAAGUAUCUCCAUAAAAGCGAAGUAAAAACUUAUGAUCCAUCUGUUGAUUCAACUCUUCCAACAUUGUCUAAGAAACGCAAGUUUGAAGAAGUUACAGAAGAACAAGAUACUGAACCAAAGAUUGCAGUGAAAGCUAAGAAGCCCAAGAUUGUAGAAGUUAAAGAAGAACAAGAAGAAGAAGAAGUAGUAGAAAUUGAUACUUCAAAGAAGAAAAAGAAAAAGGAAAAAAAGGAAAAAAAGAAGAAAAUAAAAGAAGAAACUUUUUCAGAAGAAGAACCAUCCACUAGUAUAGUUGUUGAAAGUCCAGAAAAAAAGAAGAAAAAGAAAAAAAAGAAAGAACCUGUGGACCAGUGAUGUUGAACUAUAGAAAGGUUUAGAUCAUUUUGAAUAGCUUCUGAUUUCAAUUCAGCUUGGCACAUGCCAGAGAUGGUCUUUGAAAUAAUGGGACAAGAGGACAAAACAGUUAUCUUCUAUGGCUCUCAAUUCUGAACUGGACACUUUAAUUUUUGACAUUUUCUCUCAUUUAAAAACAAAAAAAUCCAAGCCCAUAUCACUUCAGUUUUCCAAUUCCCACAGUCUUUGAUAUAAAGUAAAGAUAUUUUCUUUGUAUCAUGA